AUGGAUAAUUUCCUUAGAACCUCCUACCGACAUGGUAGAUCGCCGCUGACGCCAGAUUCGCUAAAUGAGCCUCUGCAGGUCUGUUUCUUUGGUACGCCAAACGCAAAGUCACUGUCUCCAGUCCUGGUGCCCAUCAUUUUCCAAUCUGUGCCCUCGCAAUGGAAGUUUUCUCCAGUCGACACCGAUCUUACAGCGGAUUUCAUCCACAAGCGCGGCCAGCCAGACUUUCUGGGGUCAUCCAUCACUAUGCCCAACAAGCUCUCGUAUAAGCCGCUUUUGGACGAAUUGACGGAGGAGGCUCGCGUGAUUGGUGCUGUCAACACCACAUUUGUACGGCUGGACCACAGUGAUGGUCGGCACAAACAUAUUGGCACGAACACUGACUGCGUCGGCAUCCGUGACGUCCUAGUCCAGCAUGUCGAAGGAAUCACGGAAAGUGCUCACAAUAUUCCAGCAAUUGUCGUCGGAGCGGGAGGUGCGGCUCGCAGUGCUGUUUAUGCACUGUGGCGGUGGAUGAAACCAUCAGAAAUCUACAUCGCGAACCGACUACAGGCCGAAGCCGAAGAGCUCAUUUCGUCAUCUCGAGAAAACAUGCUAGGGAUUCAAUUGCGGUACAUCGGCAGUGUUGAGGCGGCAGAGAAGCUCCCUACGCCAUAUCUUAUGGUGGGCACAAUCCCGGACUAUCCAGCUACAGAAUCAGGUGAGAUUGAGUGCCUUAAGGUAUAUAAUCAUUUCCUAGCUCGACAGAAAAAGGGCGUUCUUUUGGACAUGUGUUAUAUCCCAAGUGUAUCGACUAAGCUUCUUGUUUCUGGGAGAGAACAAAAAUGGAAAGUGAUCUCAGGAAUGGAUGUAGUUGUCCGCAUUGUUGCAGCCCAGGCGCUGCUGUGGCUGGAAAGGGAACCCCCCGAGGUUGGAAUCAAGAAGAUACUUGAUAUCGUGUUUGAACAGGGGUUCAAAGAGAGUUUAUCAUACUAG